AUGGCGAAAGCAAGUCAAAAGCUCGUGUGGCUGGUAUCAGGCUGCUCCUCAGGCAUUGGCGCGGCCCUGAGCGCUCAGAUUCUGGAAUCUGGACAUUGCGUCGUAGCAACAGCUAGAAACCUCGCCACACUGUCUGAUCUUCCAGACACCCCAUCUAUCUUGACAUUACAACUUGACAUCACUAGUAGGCUAAGUAUUGAAGCUGCUUUUGUACAAGCUAUUACGCGUUUUGGUCAUGUUGACAUCGUCGUCAACAAUGCAGGCUAUGGUAUUCUAGGCGAUGCCGAAGGCAUCACAGAAGAAGAAGCGAGGGCGAUCUUCGAAACGAACUACUGGGGCACGGUCAACAUGUCAUUAGAGGCUAUGAAAACCUUUCGCCAGGUCAACCCGGUGGGCCAAGGGGGGUUGAUCAUUCAGAUUAGUUCUUUUCUAGGACGAUUUGGGUUUGCAGGAAAUUCGUCUUAUUCGGCAAGCAAAUUCGCCAUCGAAGGUUGGACAGAGUGUGCGUCCUUGGAAGUCCAUCCAGACUGGAACAUCAAAUACCUCAUUUUGGAACUAGGGGGUGUCAAGACUGAGUUUGCAGGAAGCAACUACAUCUAUGCCGCGACCCAUCCUGAUUAUGUUGACACCAGCUGUCCAACGAAUCAAUUAAAGAAAUUCCUUGCAAGUCCGGAAGCACGGGCACACUGGGCGACUGCACCAAGCGUCGCGAAGAGAAUUAUCGAUAUUGUCAGGAGCCCUGAUUUACCCCUAAGGCUUGCCGUCGGCGAAGAUGCUUGGAAGCUGAUCAAGGAAAGCGUGGUAUCUACAGACAAAAGUCUAGACAGGUGGAGGAGGCUGAGCGAGGGAUCAUGA